AUGAUCAGAUUUGUUGCUGAUGCAACUGUAAAGAGAACGGGAUUUCGAAUAAAAUACUACGGAAAAGGUAUAGUAAGUGCUUAAUAACAAUUUGGGCGGAAAAUUUUAAAACGCUUCGAUAGCUGCAAUUUGAAAAAUAGGUACGCUAGGCGUACAUGUAUCUGCGCAAAGAAAUUGCACCAUUCCUAUGAAAAAAAUUUCAUGCACAAUUAUUGAGUAAACAUUUAUAUAUUUUUGAAGUGACUAUACAGCCGGCAACCGGCUAUUUAGUAAACUGCUGGCUAUUCACCCGGCUAUUUACUUAUAUAAAAUGCUGGCUAUAUAAUAGUCUCCUUCUCAAACGCUCUUUGUGUCGAGGUUUCUCCCCACAAGCGGCUGCUCACCCGAGCACAAUCAGAUUUAGUGACAUAAAUAUCUAAAUAAAUUUAGCGACAUAAAUAUCUUAAUAAGUCCAAGAUCAUAACUGCUAACCGUAAAACCUUGAGUCAAAUUAACAGUUUCUCGGUUUUUCUUCGGAUUUUACUACAUCCCGGUGUCCCGGGCGUUCUUUGUCAGUACCCGCGAUCACAACUAGUAUUAUCAGCAGUACAUGAUGAUAAUUUUGAGUGUUUCCUGAAAUCAUGAUGUUUGAAAGAAAACAUCUUAAAGCCAAAUAUAAAUGAUUUAAUUGUCGACGUGAAUUUAUAACAUUGUUAAACUGUAACGGUUUGUCGGCAUGUUAAUCUAUAUUUCAAGAUAUUUUUGCUUCUAGUCAGUUUAUUUGAUCCAGACAUAUUGCCUUUUUAUUUUUUGACAAAACCUACAUACAGUUUAUGUUUUACCACUAAUUUCAUAGAUUUUAUAUGAGCUAGUAACAUUUGCUGUAUAGCAGCCCAAAUAAAAAAUAACCAAGUGACUAGGCAGACGGGAGUUAUUUCGUAUUUUGUAGCAAUAUAAAAACUUUUGUUUGCGGUAACUUUCACCAAGUUUGUCGUUAGCGCAUAUGGUAAAGGUACGAAAAGUGAAACGCGGUCGGGAUCGGUGCUGAAUGUUUAUUAUCUGAUUUAGUUUUUUUUCUAAUUUUUUUAAUUUCUCUUUUUUCUGCCUUUUUUAACUCUUAAAAGUUAGACUGGUUAGGGUUUGGGAUCGGUAUAAAAUCUAAAGUGCUUUAAAAAAGUUUUAAUGAUCUGUUUUAUCUGUUUGAAUAUUGAGUAGCGAACUCAACCGCUGAUAAUCCUAAUUGUGAUUGCGGGCACUGACAAAGAACGCCCGGGAUGUAGUAAAAUCCUUUCUCUUCACCCUGUAGAAAGCCGCCAUCUUUGUUUUUCUGCCUGUUCGCAGGCGUACAAGCCCUAAUUAGUCGACCUGAGUGUUUAACGCACGCACACACGCACAACUCGAUAGCAUACAUGAAAUUCAUUUCACCAUAAUAGUUAGUGAACAUAACAAAUCCUACAUGUUGAUUGGUCAAAUUUGAGGUAGUAAGCCGUUAAUGUCAUAGAUAUAGGAGAUAUAUGGUUAAUAUUCACCUACAGGUGAAUAUAACGAAACCGAAAUUUUCAAAAUGGCGGCCUGCCGUUUUGUGGAAGUUACUGAUAAAGAAAUAAGCGAAAUUAAAAUAAAUUCAGUCCCGAACAACCCAAAAGACUUGUACGUGUAAAAAUACUGAAACAAUUAUUCGCGUCAGGCUGGUGAUUAUCGGGGAAUAUUCACCUCGACUUCGUCUCGGCGAAUAUUCCCCGAUAAUCACCUCGCCUUCGGCGAAUAAUUGUUAAAUAUUACUGGAAACGGCCGUGCUCACAACUGAAAUUGACGUCAUAAUUGACAUCAUAAUAUUCACUUUUAGGCAGGGAUGCCGGAACCACGGGUGCAGCGGGUGCAAGUUGCCUUUUGCAUUUUCAACUUUGUGGGUGCAGUGCGGGUGCAGACUACAUGCAUGGGUGUAACGGGUGCACAAAACUUUUACAACAGACAGAAUUAAACGUCGUUCGAGGAUGUGUGUGAGGGUGUUCCACCCCCCAGUCGUCAGGAAUUCGGCAAAAUUGUUAUCCAUUUGGCGAAAGGUGAAACGGAAAGCAUUACUUAUGGAUUUUUGGCGAGAAAUUACGGAGGAAUUGUGCCUAAUUAUUGUGUUCGUUCCGAAAACAUUUGGUGACGGGGAGGGAGGUUGACACGAAUGUAGGAUCAUGACGCCCUUUCAUUUUCAUUGGUGCCUUUUAUUAAGGAGUAUGCCCUCUUGUUAACCAAUUGCACCCCUUGCCCUCAGCAACUUCCGGCAUCCCUACUUUUAGGCUUAACUUUCCUCGCUUCAAUUAUAUUUGAAGCUGAGUUAUAUGUAGAGCUCUAAGUUUUUAGAAAGAAAUCGAAGUUGUUUGAGUUGCCAGUUAACCUAGGUGCAAUUGCGAAGCUUUCGAAAAUAAAACACCUCCUCCCUCAAACCUGCCUGCUAUUGACUCAUGUUGGAAGGAUACUCUGGAACUGAGCUCUCGAAAAAUAUUAACUAACAAGCUAGCUAGACAACCGUAGGUAACUGCAAGUGGUGUCAAAUAUUUACAACUAUAGCUUAAGACACUCCGUCCACUCUCUCAAGAUAUCUUCAUCAAACCUUUUUAAAAGCUGUGUUGUUGUAAUGUACUCAGGUGAAUAUGAUGCUUGUGAUGUUACUCUGAGUGUAUAUCCGGUGUGGAUAUACACUCAGAGUAACAUCACAAGCAUCUUUUUAAAAGCAUUUAAUGCAUUUCUCUAAUUAAUGUUAAAACAUCGAUUUAGUGUGUAUUGUGCAUGACAUGAGAGCAUUUCUUUUGUUGGUAUUUAGGAAUUUCCACGAGUGAUAUAUGUAACAGACCAAAGUACACCGGUGAUUGUCGGGCUGGUUUUGAUCGAUGGUUCUACAAUACUAUUACCAGGAGAUGUGAAACUUUCAUUUAUGGUGGUUGUAACUCGAAUGGAAACAAUUUCGAAACUGAAGCAGAAUGUGCCAGACAAUGUCAAGGUUGGUUUUUACUAUAGCUUAUUGUUCAAUGCUUAGUUACGUCUUAGUUUUCUGCCGUAUGUACCAUGCAGGCAUGAAUUAAAUACAUACUAUAUGAAUUACUUAUAUGGAAUAAUAAUCUGAUCAGUAUGAUUGGCUGGUUAGUAUAUAUAGUAGGAUGGUUUCGAGUGCAAUUUGGAUACAACAUGCACCAGUGAGUUUUUCAAAGACCAAUCACAGUCGUGCAAUAUUUUUAUGUAUAUUAUUAACGAAGAAACAGAUUAUUUUUUCACUUGAAUUCUAUUUCAACGCUCCAUUUUUCAUUUCAGGAAGAGCAUCAGGUGAUUUUAACGAAUGUUCGCGAAAUAAUGGGGGAUGUGACCAAGCAUGUCAUAAUACGUUGGGAAGUUACUUCUGUUCCUGUUGGAAAGGAUACAGAGUUGCUGCUGAUCAACGCACAUGUGAAG